GAAAAAUUAGAUUCCCCCCCUCCCCCACACACACCUUGUUUAUCUUUAAAAGAAGAGGCUUUAAUAUACGUGAAGAAACAGGCCAUCCAUCUUUUAUUACUGGACGCAAAUAAAGAGGGUAAAGCUCUGUAACAGCUGUGGUUGUGUGAGAGAGUGAAAGAUGGCUGGUUACAGAGCAGAGGAUGACUAUGACUACCUUUUCAAGGUGGUUUUGAUCGGUGAUUCAGGUGUGGGAAAGUCGAAUCUGCUCUCCAGGUUCACCAGGAACGAGUUUAGCCUCGAGUCCAAGUCCACUAUUGGCGUUGAGUUCGCUACUCGUAGCUUGAAUGUCGACGGAAAGGUUAUCAAGGCCCAGAUUUGGGACACGGCUGGCCAAGAAAGGUAUCGUGCCAUCACAAGUGCCUAUUACCGAGGAGCCGUUGGUGCACUUCUCGUGUAUGAUGUUACACGACACUCCACAUUCGAAAACGUCGAUAGGUGGCUAAGAGAAUUGCGGGAUCACACAGACCCCAACAUUGUAGUCAUGCUCAUCGGUAAUAAAUCAGAUCUCCGUCACCUUGUGGCCGUCUCGACCGAGGACGGGAAAUCCCUUGCCGAGAAAGAAUCCCUCUACUUCAUGGAAACUUCUGCCCUGGAAGCUACCAAUGUCGAAAACGCAUUCGCUGAAGUUCUUACACAGAUCUACCAUGUAGUGAGCAAGAAAGCUAUGGAGACAGGCGAAGAAGGCAAUGCUUCAGCCGUUCCCUCCAAGGGAGAGAAAAUCGAUGUCGGUAAAGAUGUGUCGGCUAUGAAGAAGGGAGGUUGCUGCUCAAGCUAGGAUUAUGGUGACCACCAAUCGGAAGUCUGAUAAAGGAUGUGGGCAGGGUGUGUAUUCAGCUGCAUCAAGUUCCUCAUAAACCUUUGGUUAUGUACAAUUUUCUUACAAGGUUGCCUAAAGUAGAUCAGCAGAGAUUGAUUUAA